GCGCUCCGAGGACCAGCUCCAGUCCUCCUGCGGCACGGCUCUCGCUCACACCGGGACAGACGCGCUCCACUCGGACAGUGGGCCGAACACCGCCGUGGCGGAGUCUCGCUUCUUUGGGAGACAUUUGGAGAUUUCUGCGGAUCGGAACUUGUUUUUGUGGCGAUCGAGAUGCCCCAGACGCCGUCGUUUCCCGGCCCACUGGCACCGAGUGCCUACAAGAAGAAGCGGUACCAGAUAACAGAGGCGGAACUGCAUUACCAUGACAAUAAGCUGGUGUCUGGCUCUCUGGAGGCCCUGGUCUGUCACCUGGUCCCGACCCCGGACUACUACCCUGAUAGAAGCUUUAUCUUCACCUUCCUGCUGAGCUCACGACUCUUCCUCCCUCCCCACGAGCUCAUGACUCGAGUUGGACACUUGUUCACAGAGUCGCAGCGACCCGCAGACUCUCAUGCCAGCAAGGCGAGGAUGAGGAGGGUGGCACCAAAGAUCGUACAGCUGCUGACCGAGUGGACCGAGAUGUUUCCAUACGACUUCCGGGACGAGCGGAUGAUGCAGAGCCUGAAGGAGUUGACCCUGAACCUGGCAGGCGGCGACGAGGUCUACAGGACCUCUCUGAGCCACAUGAGUCAGGGUCUGAUCCGGAGGUUGACCGUUCUGAACCAGUACCAGGAGGCGCUGGUCCGGAUCAACGCCACAGCGGCCGAGCAGCUGACCACCAUCAAGGCCAAGCCACAGGCGAGCGUUGAGAGAGACCUGCUGGCUGUCUGCAGCGACUCCUUCACUGCCGCCCAGCAGCUCACACACAUUGAGCUGGAGAGACUCAGCUACAUCGGACCUGAAGAGUUUGUCCAGGCCUUCAUCCACAACGACCGCCAGAACAACAACACGAUCGCGUGUGGUGACUACAAACCCACCUGUAAUCUGGAGUCCUACGUGGACUGGUUCAACAGACUCAGCUAUCUGGUGGCCACGGAGGUCUGCACGCCAGCGAAGAAGAAGCACAGAGUCCGUGUCAUUGAGUUUUUCAUUGACGUUGCCCAGGAGUGUUUCAACAUUGGCAACUUCAACUCCCUGAUGGCCAUUAUCUCCGGGCUGAACAUGAGUCCAGUGUCUCGUCUGAAAAAGACCUGGAGCAAGGUCAAGACGGCCAAGUUUGAUGUGCUGGAGCACCAAAUGGACCCAUCUGGAAACUUCUACAAUUACAGGACAGCGCUGAGGGGAGCAGCGCACAGAGCUGCCACCGCCACCAGCAGCCACGAGAAGAUUGUGGUCCCGUUCUUCAGCCUGCUGAUCAAAGACCUGUACUUCCUGAACGAAGGCUGCUCCAACCGGCUGCACAACGGACACGUCAACUUCCAGAAAUUCUGGGAGCUGGCCAAGCAGGUCAGCGAGUUCCUGUCCUGGAGGAAGGUGGAGUGUCCGUUCCCCAAGGAGCGGAGGACUCUCCAGUACCUGCUGACGGCGCCGGUCUUCAGUGAGGACGGCUUGCAUCUGCUGUCAUAUGAGAGCGAAGGUCCAGAGAACAACACAGAGAAGGAGCGCUGGCGGUCGCUCAGGUGAGUGGCACCAGCUCACUGUGGGUCCUCUCUGCUGAGCCAGGUUCACCAAAACCGCCUAUGUUAUGUGGUUCCUAUGGCAACUACGGCGACGUGUUAGCCGCUGGGCAGCUAACCAUGCGUCGGACACAACAGGAGUGUGUAAACCUGUGAUGUCAUUCUGUGAAAUGUUGACAAUA